UACUCGGGAUCCAUUGUUCCAAGAAAGCGAUCACCAUCGCCAAAUCGCGCCGUACAAAUGGCGGGAUCUACUACAAACAAAAGUUGGGACGAUGGGCACAAAAGGAAGGUCCCUCGUUUAGGUCCGGAGCCGAUGGAGCAUAUGCAUGAUUGGGCAUACCCACCAGUGCCGGAGUCAUCUCGACGUAACCAGCGACAUCCUCAUAGGGUGCACGCAGAUCACUCCUAUGAUUCCGUUCCUCCAGACCUUCGAGAUCGGUCAUCCGUUGCUCCGACUCGAGCUUUGUCUGACUAUUCACCAGACCGGUAUCACACUUCCAGUCUUCCCCCAGAGCUUGCUGAUACUGGAGCCUGGACUAACAAUAGGCGAGAUAUUCAUCCUCAUCGACGGGAUGACAGUUAUUCAUUGCAAUUCUAUCAACCAAAUCCACCACCUUCUCGGCCUCCCUCUCAACCUGCACGACCUCCAUCCCCUUCGCACAGGCGUAAUUCAGGCACUAUCCAGGGCUACAGCCUCCGAGUUCCACCUCAAGACGCACCCCCCUGCCCCCCGCUUCGAACGUUGUACCAAGCUCCCGUCAAAUGCCGCUUCUCCAGCACCAAGUACUGUAGUUUCCACUUCAGCAAGUAAAGUUAAACCCUCGUCUCCCGCCAUCGUUUCCCCAUUUCCCUUGCUGCCUCCACUACCCAGUGGUGGCUCGUAUGCGAUGUUCACACCUUCAGGUCCCCAGAUUCCCGGUGUUGGGAGUGGUAGUGGUCCUCCGAGACCGGCUGCUGUUCCAACACCUCAUCCUGUCUCUGUAGAAUGAAAAAUUUGUAUUUGUGUGCUUCGGUAUUAGACCUGUUUCCAUAC